ACUGACUUUGACAAGAGGGACCGCCGUGCAAUCCACUGGGCAGCCUACAUGGGACACAUAGAGGUGGUGAAGCUGCUGGCAUCUCACGGAGCCGAGGUGGCCUGCAAAGAUAAGAAAUCUUAUACCCCCCUACAUGCGGCAGCCUCCAGUGGAAUGAUCACUGUUGUCAAAUACCUCCUGGACUUGGGGGUGGAUAUCAAUGAGCCCAACGCGUAUGGCAACACACCCCUCCACGUGGCGUGCUACAACGGGCAGGACGUGGUGGUGAAUGAGCUGAUUGAGUGCGGCGCUAACGUAAACCAAGUGAACGAGAAGGGCUUCGCACCUCUCCAUUUCACCGCUGCUUCCCGACAUGGGGCACUCUGUCUGGAGCUCCUUGUGUGCAAUGGGGCUGAUGUCAACAUCAAGAGUAAAGAUGGUAAGACUCCCCUCCACAUGACAGCCAUCCACGGGAGGUUUUCUAGGUCUCAAGCAAUCAUUGAGAAUGGUGCUGAGAUUGACUGUGAAGAUAAGAACGGAGAUACUCCGCUGCACAUUGCAGCUCGAUACGGACACGAGCUCCUCAUCAACACCCUCAUCACCAACAGAGCUGACACAGCUAAGCGAGGGGUUCAUGGUAUGUUCCCACUUCAUUUGGCUGCUCUCAGUGGAUUCUCUGACUGCUGCCGAAAGCUCCUGUCUUCAGGUUUUGAUAUUGAUACACCUGAUGACUUCGGAAGGACCUGUUUACAUGCUGCAGCUGCUGGAGGAAACCUGGAAUGUCUCAAUCUUCUUCUGAACACGGGGGCAGACUUUAAUAGAAAGGACAGCUUCGGCAGGACCCCUCU